AUGGACGUUUCUGUGUCCGACGCGUGUGUGUCCAAUCGAUCUCCUGAUGUUGCAGCACAGGAGGGCGUACGGGUGCAAUGCCGCUGUUACACCACAGGAGGGCACUAUUGUACGAUGGCACCGCGGCAGAAAGCCCUGGCGUUGCUGUUACUGUUGCUGUCUCAUGUUGCCUGUGAUGCCCACACUGUGGCCGAGUGCUGCAGCCAGCCGUCUCGGUCCUGUCGCCUUUAUGUGCCGUGUCGCUCCGGAAACAGGGGAACCCUCACAGGUGACGCGGCCGCCGGCAUCCUCACUUUGGGCAAACGCUUAGAGGAUGAGCAUCGUUUGCAGAGUCGACUGCAUCAGCUCCUCCACGGCUCCAAGAACCAGGCGGCAGGAAUCUUAACUAUGGGGAAGAGGACUGAGGGGGUUGGAGAACAGGAAAGUGACUGGACAAUGCAAGCAGGGAACACCAUCACAACAUCUUUACCUGUUUGA